AUGGAUGGAACUCUCGUAGAGGACGAAAGUGUUGAUGGUGGGGAUGUUGGUCCGCCGGGGUUGCGAGUGGAUCCCGUGGGUGCUGAUGGGCCAUCUGCCGACGUGCCUCUGGUUCCUGGGGGUGUCAUCCGACACAAGCACGGGUACAUGCGGCGCUACUUUUUCCCGAUGGAGCCCGUGCCUGUGAUUCUAACAGAUACGAACUUGGUUAAACCAGCUUUAUCCUGGAACUUGGAAUACCUUGAGAAGAACCUUGGUGACGGAGAUUUCUCGGUUUUCUAUUCCAAAGAUCACAAAUUCAAGUACUAUGACCAAGCCAAAUAUAAUGACAAGGUUGUGCCGGAUUUCACGCCGCCAAUGUCACAAGCGACGAUGAAGUUCUCCGAGUUUCUUGUUAAGUUUAGGCAGUGGAAACAUGGACAGCCUCGGAUGUAUUUGCAGCAUCCCCUGAAUGACUCCGUAGGAAAAGCGAUCAAAGAUGACUUUCUGGCUUUCAAUUGGAAAUGGCUGGAGUCAGUACAAAAGGAGCAUAACUGGGGCAAUCUGUCCUCCAAUUUGAUUUACAUCGGCAUGGAAGGAAAUGUGACUCCGGUGCAUUACGAUGAACAAGAGAAUUUCUUCGCCCAGGUGGAGGGAUUCAAACGAUGCAUUUUGUUCCCACCAGAAACAUUCGAAUGUCUUUACCCUUACCCUGUGUUCCAUCCUCAUGAUCGACAGAGUCAGGUGGAUUUUGACAAGCCGGAUUUUGAGUCUUUCCCGAAGGCGCGGCAUUUGCGUGGCUUCGAAUGUGUGCUUGAACCCGGAGAUGUUUUAUAUAUUCCGAAGUAUUGGUGGCAUCACGUUGAGUCCUUACUUGGAGCCGGUCACACGACGUCCAUCAAUUUUUGGUAUAAGAGUGGACCCCUUACGCAAGUGGAGUAUCCAUUGAAACCGCAACGCAAAGUAGCAAUGAUUCGAAACUUGGAAAAGGUUGUCACCGAGGCACUCGGGAACCCGUUCGAAGUCGGGCCACUGUUUGAAGCCUUGGCCUUGGGUCGCUACAUCAAAGUCAACGCCCUUUCGCAUUCCGAACUUGGGUCGUUGAACCGCUACCCUUCGAAACCGAACCCCCAGGUUUCGACCAUUGAGUGA